AUGGCCAAAAAGAUGACCAAGGUGGAGCACGCACUCUGGCGCAAGAACAGAACCCAAGAGCUCAUCCAAAGCUCCCGUGACCUCCGUCCAGAGUUCCAGUCUUUCCUCAACCUCACCAUCCACGACAAGUUCCCCUAUAAGCGGAUCCUCGGAGCCUGGGAAAACGUCAAGGAGAUCAUCGAAGACCACGGAAUCCUCAUUGAACGAUUCGAUCAAGCCCGCGAACACCACAACCGACCCACCAGGAGGGAGAAUGCCAAAGACGAUCACCUGGCCGAGAUGUUGCACAUGGCACUCCAGUGGCUCGCUGCCUUUGCUGACCGAGCAGAGAGACAUAUCGAAGAACUCUUCGACAGGCUUCACGCUCGUGCACCCCCUAGACAUAUGCAUAAACUAGUCAUGAAGUGCAUUGGUCGCUCAGACUUUGAGGCCAACUGGAAACGCGCGUGGGUGAUCUGGGAUCGCGUCCGAAUCAAGCGGGAGGAGAGGCAGCUAGGAGGUCCGGCGGGACGAGGUGUGAAGAGGAAGUGUAGAAGUGAUUGGUGCGAGUCGGAACCUACCCGCAUGGUCAGGUAUGCCAAAUGA